CUGGGCCGAGUUUAUCAUUCGCAUGCUUCAGAUAUGAUUUUGAGCACACUUUUCAGUAUUUUAUCAGCAUCGACAGAUGUUAUUUUCUGGCUGAAAUGGAUUGUAAUACGAAUUCUUUUACGGAUAUACCAGUCCCUGCGACACAGAAGAUUCGAUCUCUACGAUUGCUCUGCCGUGAACGAUCCCCUGAAACUAGGGUUCCUGUACCCGAAAUUGGAAAAACAAGUGGAGUCCCCGCACCCUGAAUUUCACUUGGAAAAUGCAGCCGACGAGAUAUUUUUCUACGGGGUGAAUUCCAGCGGCGAAUGUCUGAUAGUCAGAAUAGCAAGGGGUUGCGGAGGAGAAGCAGAAGCAUGGAUCUAUAUCAAAUUGAAGGACGGCCGCACCUACCACCUUACUGAAACCCAGGGAUACGAACAGGAAGGAGAAAGAACUUUCGUCUGCGGGGGUCUGAGAAUGCACUUCCUUGCUCCUAUGCGGAGGUGGAGGAUAUUCUACAGUGGAAUGCUGAAUGAAACUACUAAUGAUGAAAGUGAUCCAGGGGUGGAAGUUUUUGUUAAGUUCGCUUUCAUGUGGAAAGCUUCUUCAAAUAUUUACGAUGCGGCAUCUGAUAUGUCUCCUUCUACUGUAGCUGAAAGCAUGGCGAGAGCGAAAUGGAAAACCUUCUUCCUGCCACCUGUUAAACAAAUUGCGGAAACACUUGAUACAUAUUGCCAAACAGGUGUAAUACAUGGAAUAAUUUCGACGGAAGAACAUCUAGAUUAUGAGAUGUACCUUUUCGGAGAAAAGAAUAGAUUUUUAGGAAAUACCUCCAAUACUUCAGGAUGCGAGUUCAAGCAGUUUUUGGGAAACAUACCGCAAAAUGGACUCUCUAUACACCUUAGUGAAAUGUCUAUUCCCAGUAUGUUUAAGAAUCUAAAAUUUGGUUUCGUUGUGGAGCCAUCAGGAAGUCUAAACGUCUUAACGGAAUUGAAUGCCCUACCGGAUACCUGUGACUCAUCUGAAACUAAUUUUAAUGCAAGUUUCAAAGCAAGUAAGCACUAUGAACUGGAAGGAAGACUGGUCGGAGAGGUAAUUCAGCUCCACAGCAAGAAAGGAUGGAAAGGAUACGUGGAGGUUAGACAUGUUGACUUUACCGUUCAGGAAUACAAAGGAACUGGCUUUCUUUUAACGGGUAAAAUGCAAACAGAAGCAAGAAGAACAAAGAGUAAAGACUGCCUGAAAUUUCCAGAAAAGGUUCCACUAACUGUAAAAUUUACUGAAAAGAUAUCUCAGUUUACGGAGAUAUCUGGGGGGAAAGGAGCGUCUCUCGGUAAACUGACAGAACUCAGUGGCAUGGAAAAAACAUUCAUUGUGCCAAAGGGAAUAACAGUGACAACUGCUGCUUACUCCUCUUUUCUUACGCAAGACAUUUUAGAGCAGAUAAAAGAUUUGGAAGAUGUUGUUUAUGGAAAGGUUGAUGGAGAUGCUGAAACAGCUUGUAAAAGGGUCAGCUCUGCGGUAAUGGAAGCAAUCCUCCCUCGACACAUCUGCAGCGACAUCAUUAAAAAUCUGAGCGAGCUUUUUAAUCAACGCAUCGAAAACCUCAAGUUCGCAGUUCGUUCGUCUGCCACAGGUGAAGACACAGAGCAAAUGUCUGCAGCAGGACAAAUGGACACCUUCUUAGGCGUUCAAGGACUACAAGAAAUAUUUACGUCUGUCAAAAAAUGUUGGGCGUCGCAAUUUGGUUAUAUUGCAGUUGAAUACAAAAGGCGAAACGGCCAAGUUCUGAACUCUCCGAUGGCUGUGGUCAUCCAGGAGAUGGUUCCUUGUGACGUUUCCGGUGUGCUUUUUACGUGUGAUCCAGUCACCAACAAUCCAUCCGUCAUCACAAUCACUGGAAACUAUGGACUAGGCGAGAGCGUAGUGUCUGGAUCUGAAGAACCUGAUACUAUCACAUUGCAAAAGGAAGAGAACGGAGAAGUUAGUCUGAAAUCGGUUGCUAUAGGAGCUAAGAAGCACAAAAUUGUCAUGGAAGACGAUGGAGGAGUAGGUACUGAAGUUGUUCCCGAGAAUGUGCGACAAAGCUGUUGUAUCUCACAAGAAAUGGCAAAUUUUCUUGGCAAAGUUUCUGUUAAGAUAGAGAAGUAUUAUCACUCUUUAAGAGACAUAGAAUGGGGAAUACAAAACGACGUUCUGUACAUUUUGCAGUCUCGGCCCGUGACUAGUGGAACUGCUGAAAGUGAUUUCGAAAUCAAGCACGAAUUCGACGCCCCUCUCCGAUGCGUAAGAGAUUACACUACACUAGCGAAUGUCGGGGAAGUCAUGCCGGGUGCAUUUUCACCGUUAGGAAUAGAUGUUCUCUACAAGUAUUUCGGCAGCAUAUUCCGAAAAGACGUCAAAGAACGUGGUAAGGUAAACAACUUUCAUCAGAGCUUCUAUUUUGCCUCUGGUCUUGUGUCAUUCUAUAAUCGAAUGAUGCUGUCUGUAGUUGAGCUUAUUUCUCGCAUGGAUGGCCAUGAAUCUCUCAUGGCUCAGGCAUCUAUGAUCGCCUUCUUUGGACGUAUAUUGGACGAUGAAGAUAUCUUCAAACUGGCCCGAGAGAAAGCACCCGCUGCCAGGGAGAGCGCCCCUUCUCAUUGGGACAUGAUUCGAAAAUUGUUUUUUGCCAUGUGGGAGGCAAAAAAAGUAAAGAAACAUUUGGAAAGUUUCGAGUUUCCUGUUCAGAAGUACAAAUCCUCACAAGAAAUGUUCCAUGCCCUCAUGAAUUCUUGCUCCGAAUAUGACGGGGGUUUUAACCUUCAUAUCUCAUGUACGGAAGGAUCUAUGGCCUGGAAUAUUUUCUUGUUUCUCAUACUUGGAAAGAACAAAGAACACUUUGACACGGAAGCUUACAGCGACUUCUCCCGCCUUCUUUCGUCGGCGUCGAACGUUGUCAGUGCCGAUGUACCAGGAGCUAUGCAGGAUGUAGCUUGCUCCAUCGUGCAACACAUGACUAGGGAGGAUUUCAAGGCCAUGAACAUCGAGGAUGCGACGAACUGGUUGCAAACUUCGCCUACAACUGCCGGGGUUAAGUUCCGAGAGUUUCUCCAAACCUAUGGACAUAGAUGUUUAAAAGAGUUUGAUGUGCAUACCACAACAUGGGGACUGGAUCCUAAAUCUUUGGUUAAACUGUUACAA